AUGAUUAGAAAACGUAAGGACUUCGAGCUUGGUGACCGGGGUUCUUUAUUGUGUGGCGGAAAGCAAGUCCUUGUGAAAGAAGAUCUUCCUAGAUUUGUUGAGAAGAUGUUCAUGGAAAACAAAGGAUGUGGAGCAAGGGUUAUUUACAACAAACUGAAAGUAAAUUACACGGGGUUCUCGGAACAAGCUAUCCUUGAAAUACUGUACAAUAGCAAGUAUUACCAUGAGAAGUAUCCGAGAUUUACAAACAAGCCAACGCCAAAGACAAUUACAGAAGAGGAACCAGGCAAAAGAUGGCAGAUUGACUUAAUUAACAUGAAAAAUCAAAGUGUUAGCUACAAGGGGUCCACAUACAGUUAUAUUCUACAAGUCGUGGACGUUUAUUCUAGGUACGUUAUGCCAAAACCCCUGAAAACGAAGAGUUCGCGUGAAGUUGCAAAGGCAUUAGAGGACGUGUUGAUGGUUAACCUUGCCCCUGACAUCAUCCAAUGUGACAACGGACUGGAAUUUAAAGGCCCUAGUAUGAAACUUUUGUUGAACAAGUACAACAUCAAAAUGAUCAAUAGUAGGCCGUAUCAUCCUCAAUCACAGGGCAAGUGUGAAAGGUCAAACAGUGUUAUAAAGGCCAAGAUUCUAUUUGCAACAAAAAGUAAACGUGGAUUUAACUGGGUCGAAGGGCUUCAAGAUUUAGCCUAUGCCAUAAACACAAGUUUCAAACGAGUUCUUGGGGGUCUCACGCCCUUUGAAGCCUACUACGGAAGAAGUCAUGUUUUUACCAAAGAACGUCAUAGUUCUCGUGAAAUAAAGAAAACCAUACGGCGAGCAAAUAAAAAGGCUUACAGGUCGCUGUUGAAAAACGCAACUUCCCCAAGCAAGUACAAACUGGGUAAAGAAUAUCCUCAAAGAUUCUGCGCGGUUGUAAGCCAAUUCUGA